CGGGACGACAUUCCUCCGACGUCCACCGGAUACGCUAUGUCCGACGGGAGACCAGCAGCGACCAGGUACCAAGUACAAAAGCGCAGGAUGUUCUGCAGAAUGAGAACAACCUCUUAAUAGACAAGCCAGCAGAGCAGAGAUCUCAACUUCUCUGUCCAGGCUAUUACCCCCAAUAUGUCAUCAUCAGUCACAGCAGAUCACACUGUCGUCCUCAUCACAGGCGCCAACCAAGGGAUCGGCUAUGAGUGCGUCAAGAAGCUGGCCGCUGAACAAGCCAACUACCACAUCCUGCUCGGCUCCCGAAGUCUACAACGAGGAAAAGAGGCAGCCAGCAGCAUAACAGAUCUGGCCCAAGGGACCUCGGUCGAACCUCUCGAGCUCGAUGUCGAUGACGACGAGUCCAUUGCCAGAGCUGCCAAAUACGUCGAGGAGAAGUUCGGCCGGCUUGACGUCCUGCUCAACAAUGCCGGAAUCAGUAGUGUCAAGGACGUGGGGUUCCGCGAGAGCAUGACUCAAGUGCUUCAGACCAACACCGUCGGCGCCGCAUGCGUGACGGAAGCAUUCAUUCCGUUGAUGCGAAAGGCCCAGAUCCCGCGGCUCCUGUUCAUGUCCUCCGGGCUCGGCUCUAUCACACUCGCUCUGGACCCUUCUUUCCCAUACUACGGGUUGGGAAAUGCACCCGGGAUCAAGGGAUAUAUAGUGUCGAAAUGCGCAGAGAAUAUGGUCGGGGCACUGUAUGCGGUUCAGCUGGGGAAGGAGGGCUUCAAGGUCAACAUGGUUUGCCCAGGCCACAGGGCCACCAACUUGAACGGGUACAACAAGCAGGCCGGCAAAGCUGCCGAUGGGGCGCUCGAGGCAUGUCGACUAAUCGUUGACACUGACAAGAAUGGGCAGCAUGCGACUUUCACCACUUCACCAGAGACCCAGUACCCGUGGUGA